AUGCUUCUGCUGGGCAUCUUAACCCUGGCUUUCGCCGGGCCACCCGCUGGCGGCUCUGAGCCAGAGCGGGAGGUAGUCGUUCCCAUCCGACUGGACCCGGACAUCAACGGCCGCCACUACUACCGGGGGGGUCCCGAGGACUCCGGGGAUCAGGGACUCAUUUUUCAGAUCGCAGCAUUUCAGGAGGACUUUUACCUACACCUGACGCCGGAUGCUCAGUUUCUGGCGCCCGCCUUCGCCACUGAGCAUCUGGGAGGCCCCCUCCAGGGGCUCACUGGGAGCUCUGCGGACCUGCGACGCUGCUUCUACUCCGGGGACGUGAACGCCGAGCCCGACUCGUUCGUCGCUGUGAGCCUGUGCGGGGGGCUUCGCGGAGCCUUCGGCUACCGAGGCGCCGAGUAUGUCAUUAGCCCGCUGCCCAACGCGAGCGCGCCGGGGGCGCAGCGCAACGGCCAGGGCGCGCACCUUCUCCAGCGCCGAGGUAGCCCCGGCGGGCCUUCCGGAGACCCCACGUCUCGCUGCGGGGUGGCCUCAGGCUGGAACCCUGCCAUCCUGCGGGCCCUGGACCCCUACAAUCCGCAGCGGGCGCGCUUGGGGGAGAAUCGCAGCCGGCGCAGGUCCGGGCGCGCCAAGCGCUUCGUGUCUAUCCCGCGGUACGUGGAGACGCUGGUGGUGGCGGACGAGUCCAUGGUCAAGUUCCACCGCGCGGACUUGGAGCAUUAUCUGCUGACACUGCUGGCCACGGCGGCGCGACUCUACCGCCACCCCAGCAUCCUCAACCCCAUCAACAUCGUCGUGGUCAAGGUGCUGCUUCUCGGAGACCGUGACACCGGGCCCAAGGUCACGGGCAACGCGGCCCUGACUCUGCGCAACUUCUGCGCCUGGCAGAAGAAGCUGAACAAAGUGAGUGACAAGCACCCUGAGUACUGGGACACUGCCAUCCUCUUCACCAGGCAGGACCUGUGUGGAGCCACCACGUGUGACACACUGGGCAUGGCUGACGUGGGCACCAUGUGUGACCCCAAGAGAAGCUGCUCUGUCAUCGAGGAUGAUGGGCUCCCGUCAGCCUUCACCACCGCCCAUGAGCUGGGCCACGUCUUCAACAUGCCCCACGACAACGUGAAGGUGUGUGAGGAGGUGUUUGGGAAGCUCCGAGCCAACCACAUGAUGUCCCCGACCCUCAUCCAGAUCGACCGUGCCAACCCCUGGUCAGCCUGCAGUGCUGCCAUUGUCACCGACUUCCUGGACAGUGGGCACGGUGACUGCCUCCUGGACCAGCCCAGCAAGCCCAUCUCCCUGCCCGAGGACCUGCCAGGCACCAGCUACACCCUGAGCCAGCAGUGUGAGCUGGCCUUUGGCGUGGGCUCCAAGCCCUGUCCUUACAUGCAGUACUGCACCAAGCUGUGGUGCACCGGCAAGGCCAAGGGCCAGAUGGUGUGCCAGACCCGCCACUUCCCCUGGGCGGACGGCACCAGCUGUGGCGAGGGCAAGUUCUGCCUCAAGGGGGCCUGCGUGGAGAGACACAACCUCAACAAGUACAGGGUGGACGGCUCCUGGGCCAAGUGGGAGGCCUACGGGCCCUGUUCGCGCACCUGUGGUGGGGGCGUGCAGCUGGCCCGGAGGCAGUGCAGCAACCCCACCCCUGCCAACGGGGGCAAGUACUGCGAGGGAGUGAGGGUGAAAUACCGAUCCUGCAACCUGGAGCCCUGCCCCAGCUCAGCCUCUGGCAAGAGCUUCCGGGAGGAGCAGUGCGAGGCUUUCAAUGGCUACAACCACAGCACCAAUCGGCUCACUCUCGCCGUGGCCUGGGUGCCCAAGUACUCAGGCGUGUCUCCCCGGGACAAGUGCAAGCUCAUCUGCCGAGCCAACGGCACCGGCUACUUCUAUGUGCUGGCACCCAAGGUGGUGGACGGUACGCCGUGUACUCCUGACUCUACCUCCGUCUGUGUCCAAGGCAAGUGCAUCAAGGCUGGCUGCGACGGCAACUUGGGCUCCAAGAAGAGGUUUGACAAGUGUGGGGUGUGCGGCGGAGACAACAAGAGCUGCAAGAAGGUGACCGGAGUCUUCACCAAGCCCAUGCACGGCUACAACUUCGUGGUGGCCAUCCCUGUGGGCGCCUCGAGCAUCGACAUCCGCCAGCGCGGCUACAAGGGGCUGAUUGGGGAUGACAACUACCUGGCCCUGAAGAACAGCCAAGGCAAGUACCUGCUCAACGGGCACUUCGUGGUGUCGGCGGUGGAGCGGGACCUGGUGGUGAAGGGCAGCCUGCUGCGGUACAGCGGCACGGGCACGGCGGUGGAGAGCCUGCAGGCUUCCCGGCCCAUCCUGGAGCCCCUGACCGUGGAGGUCCUCUCCGUGGGGAAGAUGACGCCACCCCGGGUCCGCUACUCCUUCUACCUGCCCAAAGAGCCUCAGGAGGACAAGCCCUCCCACCCCAAGGACCCCCGGGGCCCGUCUGUGCUGCACAACAGCGUCCUCAGUCUUUCCAACCAGGUGGAGCAGCCGGAUGACAGACCCCCAGCGCGCUGGGUGGCAGGCAGCUGGGGGCCCUGCUCUGUGAGCUGUGGCAGUGGCCUGCAGCGGCGGGCGGUGGACUGUCGGGGCUCCCCCGGGCAGCGUGUGGCCUCUGCCUGUGAGGCAGCCCACCGGCCAGUGGAGACGCGGGCCUGUGGGGAGCCCUGCCCGACCUGGGAGCUCGGUGCCUGGUCGCACUGCUCCAAGAGCUGCGGCCGGGGAUUUAAGAGGCGUCCGCUCAAGUGUAUGGGCCACGGAGGCCGGCUGCUGGCCCGGGACCAGUGCAACCUGCGCCGCAAGCCCCAGGAACUAGACUUCUGCAUCUUGAGACCAUGCUGAGCGGGGUUGCCCCCUUCUCCCCCUCACUCUCUGCCCCACUGGUGUGCUGGUUCUGGCCAGCUGGAGCAGUGGGCAGAGGAUGGUGGCCAGGGGCUCACGCCACGACGUCACCCACAUCCAGGGACAAGGACCGUGGGCUUGGGUGAGAGGUUCCCUCGUCCUCCUGGACUGGCCAGGGGAGC